AUGCAUUCACAAUGCAACAACCAACCUGUGUGCUAUCCAUUAGAGAUGUCCAGUCAAUAUUUAUGUCCACCCUUGCCACCAACACCAACACCACUACCACGUGCCGCUCAUAUUUGUUCUAAUGCUACGUGGACAUCGAACGGAGUCAUUGUAGCUGGCGGUGGUUGGGGUAUAACGAAUGACAAAUUAGCUUAUCCAUGCGGUUUGGAUGUUGAUGAUGAACAAACUGUCUAUGUUACUGACUUGCAUAAUCAUCGUGUUAUGGUAUGGAAGAAAGGUGCAACAACUGGUGAAGUAGUCGGUUUUUUUUCGUCCCCAACAGAUGUGAUCAUCGACAGGAAGACAGAUAAUCUUAUCAUUUGUGAAAGUAGAAAUCGACGAGUGGUGCGACAGUCUCGCCUUAAUAAUAUAAAUAGACAAACAAUAAUCUCGAAUGUUGACUGUUUUGGCUUGGCUUUGGACGAUAAAGGAGCUCUCUAUGUUUCUGACACAAACCAAUCUGCUGUUCGACGAUAUUAUCCGGAACAAUCUUUAGGAGAAGUAGUGGCAGGAGGUAAUGGACAAGGCAAUCGUCUCGAUCAGUUAAAUACUCCAUUCUUCAUAUUCGUCGAUCGGGAUUAUUCAGUAUAUGUAGCGGAUGUUCAAAAUCAUCGUAUAAUGAAAUGGAUGAAAGACGCAAAAGAAGGUACUGUAGUAGCUGGUGGUCCAGGAUCGGAAAAUGAUCCAGUACGAUUGUCGAAUCCUCGAGGAGUCAUUAUCGAUCAGUUGGGCAAUAUGUAUGUGGCUUCCCAUUGGAAUUCUGCAAUAAAACGUUGGAAAAAAGAAGCUACUCGUGCAGACAUUAUUAUUCAUCAAAAUGGCGAAGCGGUAUCGAAUCCACUGACGGGCCCUCAUGGUAUUGCAUUCGAUCGUCGAGGAAACCUCUUUGUCGCCGAUCAGUGGACGUGUACAGUGUGGAGAUUCGAUAUCGAUAAAAGCUUGUGCUCGUAAUCCUUUAAAAAUUGAUUUUUAUGAAAUGAAGCUUUCUAUUUCUAUUUCGAAAUAGCAUUGAAUUAAAUAAAGAAAUGGAGAUAUAUCUGAUAACAAAAUUAGUAUGGCUGAAUGAUUACGCAAAAAAUAGUAUCAGAAUAUUGACAUGUUUCUGCCGGUUCUUUUCUACUUAUCACAGUCCAAAAGUAGCAAGAGUACCAUUUUAAUAUCACAUACUAGGAUGUGCGUGUAGGUAUGGGUAUGUCUCUUGUCUUCUUUGACAACCACACCCACACCCCACACCCCACACUCACACCCACACCCACACGCCCCCCCCCACACCCCCCCCCCCCACCCCCCCCCCACCCCCAC